UCACCAUACCCGGCUUUUAUAGCAUUCAUUUUAUUCAAAGAAUCCAUGCAAAAACUUUGUCACUUAACAACUGAAUAUUUUUUCAUUAAUGCUGACAGACAUGUACUAGUAACUAAAAAUGAACAUGCAUUUUAUUGAUACAGAAGAGCAGACCUUCAUAAAAUGUCUCACCUGUGGUAACCGAUCUAGGGCUAUUACGAAGUUCACCUGUUCACCUGUCCGCAAGGGUACUUCUUUCCAAAAGUAGGAAAGUUUUAUUUUAGCCUAAAUUAGAGAUGCAGCAUUGUAGUUUGUGGAGCAAAGCUGUACUGCUAGCCAUGUGCUGUCCUAUGAGUUUAAAAUGGUUUUCACACUUUUAAAUGAUUGAAAAAAAGAUGCUAUUUUAUGACACAUGAAAAUUAAAUGAAAUUCUAAUUUAUAAAAUUUUCUUGACUACAGCCACCAUCAUUCCUUUGGCUUUUAUGUGCUAGAACUGCAGAGUUGAAUACUUUGAGACAGGAUUAAUGGCCUGCAAAAAUUUGAACUAUUUCCAUUCUGGACUUUUAGAGAAAAAGGGUUUGGCUUCUGACCUACAUAAAUCUUGAGUGGUGAUUAUGUCAUUAUGUGAAAUAUGCACUAAACUAUAGGGUUGUAUAAUUCUUUUUUUGUUCUGUUUUGCUUUUGGAACUGUUUGUCAUAGUCAGUUAAAGCACAGUUAAUUUAGAGCACACCCACUUUCCCUGAGACCUGUCCUGUUGGGGCUUUGGCAACAAAGGGCUCUAAAAGUAAUAUCGUGAGUCUCAUGCCCCCUAGUGGACCGCUGUAGGAUUUGUUUUCAAAAUUUCAACGUACCGGCUAUUCCCUGGUCCAUAUUAGCCCGGGAUCUGAGGAUAAAGGUCCUACCCUUGUGCCGAGGCUGACCGCUCCUGGGCACAUUUAGCCACGUCAGCGCUCAAUGCUGUUCCCUACGCCUGCAAACAAGAGGCUGGGCUGACGGGACCCGCCUUCCUUUCCUCCCAUCUCAUUCAGUCUCUUGACGCCGCACGCCUGUCACUCUCCCAGGGCUCGUCCUAGGGGACAGUUGCUUCUGAAGUCCCACAGGUUUAACAGACCAAGGAGGGCGGGGACAGGAGGAUCGGCAUUAGUAGCCAAUCAGAGUUCGGCGCCAUGCCCAGCCAAUCGAGUGGGAGCUAAUGGAGUUAGCCAAUCGGGCUCGACGAGGAAGCCGGGAGUCAGUACUUGCGCCUCUCGCAUUCCAGCUGUGGUUGACUCUGCGCAGGGUCGCCAGCCCCUCGAGGGUCCCGGCUCGCUCGCUCGUCCUCCCGCAAGCCCUAGCUGUCCGGUUCCCGAGGCCAUGGGGCGGCAGUGGGGCCCCUCCAUGAGGGCGGCCGAGCAGGCGGGCUGCGUGGUGAGCGCCUCCCGGGCCGAGCAACCCGAGGCGGGUUUGUGGAGCUGCAGCGGGGUCAUCCUGAGCCGCAGCCCCGUCCUGGUGCUGUGCCACGGGGGAAUCUUCACCCCUUUCCUGCGCGGGGGCAGCGGGGCCCUCACCGCGGCCGGCGCCACCUUCCUGCCCGGCGACAGUUGCGGCGACGACCUGCGCCUGCACGUGCAGUGGGGGCCAACGGCUGCGAGUCUUGCUGGCCGUGCGGAGCAGGGCCCCCCGGGGCUGUGCACGCCCCGCUGCGCAGCCCUGGCCGCCCUGCUGCCGCCCGAGGUGGGCGCCCCGCGGGGCCUGCCCCUGCGAGGCCACGGACCCCCUUGGGCAGCCGCGGCCGUGCUGGUGGAGUUCGGCAGCGUGUGGGGUUCUGGAGUGGCCAUGGCGCCCCGCCUCGUGGUGACCUGCCGGCAUGUGGCUCCUCGGGAGGCGGCCAAGGUCCUGGUGCAUUCCGACAACCCCAAGAGUGUGGCGAUUUGGGGACGUGUGGUGUUUGCCACCCAGGAGACAUCUCCCUACGACAUAGCAGUGGUAAGCUUGGAGGAAGACCUGGAUGGUGUCCCCACACCCAAGCCCGCUGAGCACUUCUUUGAAGGUGCAGCUGUCAGUGUGGUCGGCUUCGGUGUCUUCGGCCAGGCCUGUGGGCCCUCGGUGACCUCAGGCAUCCUGUCGGCUGUGGUGCAGGUGGACAACACUCCGGUAAUGCUGCAGACCACGUGUGCCGUGCAUGGCGGCUCCAGUGGGGGACCCCUCUUCUCCACCCACUCGGGGGACCUCCUGGGCAUUGUCGCCAGCAACACCCGGGACAAUAACACGGGGGCCACCUAUCCGCACCUGAACUUCAGCAUUCCCAUCACAGUGCUCCAGCCGGCCCUGCAGCGGUACUGUCAGACCGGCGACCUGGGUGGCCUCCGAGAGCUGGACCGUGCCCCCGAGCCCGUCAGGGUGGUGUGGCGGCUGCAGCGGCCCUUUCCUACAGUCCCAAGGAGCAAGCUCUGAGGCUGUGUCACUCUCUGGGGACAAGAGGGACCAUAGGAAAUGAUGAGGUGGUGGCUGCCUUAGGAUCCAGGGUCCAUCCCUGACUGGUUGCAUCCCAGCUGGGCCUCCUCGUCUCCCCCUGUUGACCACAGUGUGGAUCUGGGCCCUGGGACAGACUUCUCUCCAGCCCGUGGGACCUGAGCCUGGAAACCCACUCUGGGUGCUUCCUUGAGCCAGUACUUCUCUCUGCCCCCAGGAGUAGACUUAGCCUUGACUCAGCCAGGUAACUUUCCUCCUGAGGACCUGAGUCCAGUGGCACAAGAACACUGGUCCUGGUAGGCAGAUGCUGCUUUGUUCUCCUGACGACCACUGGCUGUGUCUGCCUGUGUCACGUGGGCCGGCAGCCCUGGGGUUUGCUCAGGCUACCUCAGCACCAGGCCCUGCUCUGCUGCACCCCCAGGCAGGCUGGUCCCCAAGACCUGGGAGGCCUGGCCUUCGCUCUGACACAGUGCCUUCAUUUGCCAGCCCCAGGCCUGAGUCUCGGGGAUAGCGAGGGUAGAACAUGUGGUUGCGGCUUAGAAAUAAACGUGAGCUACCACACAACACC